UCUCGGAGUGAGACUCAGAGUUACAAACUUACUAUGCUGGUGACUUUAUUGAGGCGGUUAACGUAUACUUGAAUUUAUCACUGCAUUAUUUGCAGUAAUACUAGUAUUUGUAGUAGUUUGCUAUAAAUUUAUGUCUGGUAUCAAAGAGGCAAUGUAUUUCGACUAAUUCAUUUAGGCUUCUUUGCUGUGCAAUAUUGUUUAAAAAGUGAAAUUAACUGAUAAACGUUAAAAACAAAAAAUAUUUACUCGUCUUUAGAUUGUCACUGUCAGAAGAAUGUGUGCAAACGUUGUGAAGUUGAAUUUAGGAAGGAUUACUUUCUUAAUAACGAGUACUUUGUUAUGUUUGCUUCUGUAUUCAGUACUACUUAGUUCAGAUAGUUCUAAAGUAAAUCAUCGUGGAGUGUUUAAUGUUAAUCCCAAUAAAAAAAGUACAGGAGAAAAUUUAGAGAAAACUACUACUGAGGUUAGCCUUAAGCAUCUACUUGCAGUAAGUAUUGAAAUAGCUGAGAGAGGUGGUGCCGAGGUAAAAAAUGUUCGGAAACUUACAGACCUAAAGGAGUCGAGCAAGGGUAAAACGAAGGAAGGCGCUAAUGAUCCUUUGACCGAAGGUGAUAUGAGAUCGCAUCGUGCAAUGGUGUACGGAUUAAAGAAAACGUAUCCGUAUAUUAAGGUAAUAUCAGAAGAGCAUGAUUCUUCAGACAUUAACUUCGAUGAAGUGAAGACGGUAGUUGGUGAAAAUUUGGAAAUUGAAAAGGUACUGAAUGACGCUGAUGAGAUGGUACCUUCAGACCAAAUUACAGUUUGGGUGGAUCCAUUAGAUGCUACUCAGGAAUACACAGAAAACCUACUACAGUAUGUUACAACCAUGGUCUGUGUGGCAGUAAAAGGUAUACCAAUGAUUGGUGUCAUUCACAAACCAUUUGAAAACUUUACAGCCUGGGGUUGGGUAGGUCAUGGUGCAUCUCCUCAACUACAAGUUGCAAAGACCUUUCCUGAGAAGUGGAAGACAAAUCCUGUUAUUAUAGUGUCUCGCUCUCAUGCUGGCAAAGUUGCUGCUAUUGCUACUAAUGCAUUUGUAAAUGCUACUAUAACACCUGCCGGUGGAGCAGGUUUCAAAUCUUUAGAAGUAGUCCAAGGUAUUUCUUCUGCCUAUAUCCAUGUGACUAUAAUUAAAAAGUGGGACAUAUGUGCUGGAAAUGCUAUUUUAAAAACUUUAGGUGGUCAGAUGACCACUUUAAAUGGUAAUCUCAUCUCCUAUGAGGCUUCUGAUGAUGUUAUUAAUAAAGGGGGACUUUUAGCCACUAUGUUUGAGCAUAGCUUGUUCCUGGAGAAAUUGAAGAGUGUACAAAGAAGAUGAUAAUAUUUGCAGGUUUGUAUUUGUAGCAGUAGUCACACUGUGGAUUGAUACCAGAAGAUGUUAAGAUUCUAACAUGCACAGACACACACACACACACACACAAAUAUAUUUUAUCUGGGACCAUGCAACUGUAUUGUGAUAUUUUGUAUAAUUAUUUUUCUAGCACUGUAAUUUCUUAUACAGUAAUAUCUCUAGUUGGAAAAAAAAUAUAUCACAGUUCCAAGAAUUUUUUAGGAAUAUAUAUUAUAUAAAAUAGUUAUGAUAUAUUAAGCUUAAGUUUUUUUUUAAGCAUUUUCUAAAAUGUUUAUUACCACAGUUUGUUGUUGACUAUGGUAAUGAUUGUUUGGGUAUAAUAAUUGUUUUAAACUAUAAAUUAUCAGGUCUCUAAUCAAUAGACUGCUUGUAUUAGCUAAAUUCUAACCAUUUGUUUUUCAAGAGUACAUUAAAACUCGAAGUUAAUCAUAUCA